AUGGCUCCAAGUUCUCAAUCUAACAGCGACGCGGAGACUACGGCCGUCAAAGGGCAUCUCGACAUCGACGUCACAGCAGCCAAGAACACGAUUGCCGAGACUGGUGUCGUCACCGUUCCAAAGAAGACUUUGGCGCAGAUGCUAGCACCAUGGUCUCGUCAGACGUACACAGAUAAGAACAUCAUUCGCUUGCUAGCCGAACUCUUCGUCAACUUCAUCAACCCGGCUGUGCUUUGGAUUCUGACCAUCAGUGCGGUUCUGAAUGCAUGCUUUGUAGCAUCCAGCUACAUUCUAUCUCAGAUCUGGUCGAUGCCACCUUACAACCUCAACAUCGAGCAAAAUGGCUUUUUCUGGGCUGGCGCACUGAUUGGCGGUUUGUUUGCCAUUCCUGUUGGCUCACUAUGUGACUGGUCUGCGAUGACCAUGUCGAAAUGGAAUGGCGGCGUCUAUGAGGCAGAAUUCCGGAUCCCUGUCAAUACACUGGGUGCCGCCCUGAGUGGGCUCGGUUGGUUCCUGCUUAUGCUGUAUGGCUUUUAG